GCAAGCACAGAAAACAUCCUGGAGGACGUGGUAACGCUGGUGGUAUGCACCAUCACAGGAUUAACUUUGAUAAAUACCACCCUGGUUACUUUGGAAAAGUAGGCAUGAGGCACUAUCACUUGAAGAGAAACCAAAAGUUCUGUCCUACUGUCAAUUUGGAUAAACUAUGGACACUUGUCAGCGAACAGACAAGGCUCAAUUAUGCAAAAAACGAGGCUGGACUGGCCCCAGUCAUUGAUGUUGUGCGCUCAGGCUACUACAAAGUCCUGGGCAAGGGGAAGCUGCCCAAGCAGCCUGUAAUUGUGAAAGCAAAGUUCUUCAGUAGAAGAGCAGAGGAGAAGAUAAAAGAAGUUGGUGGUGCCUGUGUGCUUGUGGCAUAGAAGCCUUUGUUUUAUUCAAAUUUUUUGAAUAAAGACAAUGUGUAAAAUGUGCUGGUUUACAGAA